GGAGGGCAGAGAUGAAGAGAGACUAGAGAACUCUCGGUGAAGGAGAGCUGAAGAGAGGGAAGCGUUUUACACAUCUCAUCCUUUGGAAUGCCCCAACGCCUCUAAUUAAUCCAGGCGAAAUCUAGACCGCAUAGACUGUGUUGAAUGCAACGGUUGUGAUGGAGAGAAUCAAAAUGCUAAACUAAGAUUAGACUUCAUCGGACAUCUUGAGGGUUUUAGUUUUUUUUAUCUAUCUUUAUUAUUUUCUUCAAAUGGUUCAUCUAGUAAAAGUUUGAAGUGUAUAGGUGGUUUUCUUCUCUAGCUUGGGUUUCAAGGAAUUCCUCCUUGGGAGAGAGGCUUUUGACUUGGGACUUCUAAGGGGGCGUUGGAGUUGGGAUCUAUAAAGGAAGAUAAAUAAUUCCGCAGGAAAGAGGAGUUGUGUAAUUGUUGAGGCCAACCAGGGAAUAAUGGGACAGGGUCGGCUGUUGAAGUUGGUCGUGGGGAUUGUGGCAGUGCUGUCGUUGAGUGCCGAGGCAGGAGAGGGGACUGCGACUGGAGACAGCGAGACGGCUAAACCGACGGAGCCCAGAGCAAGCAGAGCGAAGCGGAGAGGAGGAAGUGAAGUCCUCAGGGGACCUAACGUAUGUGGAUCUCGUACCAAUGCUUACUGCUGUCCAGGAUGGAAGACUCUCACAGGGGGAAACCAGUGCAUCGUCCCCAUCUGCCGCAGUACGUGUGGAGACGGCUUCUGUUCCAGACCCAACAUGUGCACCUGUCCCACUGGGCAGAUCUCUCCCUCGUGUGGGUCCAAGUCAGUGCAGCACUGCAACAUCCGCUGUAUGAACGGAGGAUCCUGCGCAGAGGACCACUGCAUGUGUCAGAAGGGCUAUAUAGGAGCUCACUGCGGUCAACCGGUGUGUGAGACGGGCUGUCUGAACGGAGGCAGAUGUGUGGCUCCCAACCGCUGCGUGUGCACCUACGGCUUCACCGGGGCGCAGUGUGAGAGAGACUACCGGACCGGACCUUGCUUUGCCUCGGUGAGCCAGCAGAUGUGUCAGGGCCAGCUGACAGGCAUCGUGUGCACCAAGACCCUGUGCUGUGCCACGGUGGGGCGGGCGUGGGGGCACCCCUGUGAGAUGUGCCCGGCCCAGCCUCACCCCUGCAGACGAGGCUUCAUACCCAACCACCGCACGGGGGCGUGUCAAGAUGUGGACGAGUGCCAGGCCAUCCCCGGGCUCUGUCAGGGGGGAAACUGCAUCAACACAGUGGGAUCUUUUGAGUGCAAGUGUCCCGCUGGGCACAAGUUCAACGAGAUAACUCAGAAAUGUGAAGAUCUUGAUGAAUGCUCUAAUGUUCCUGGGUUGUGUAGUGGAGGAGAGUGCUCCAACACCAUCGGAAGUUACUUCUGCAAGUGUCCCCAGGGAUACUAUACUCCUGUGGACGGCUCCAGGUGCAUAGAUGGCCGGGGAGGGUACUGCUACGCCAGCCUGCUGAACGGCCGCUGUGCCAACCAGAACUUCCAGACGGUCACCAAGGUGCAGUGCUGCUGUGACAGCGGACGCUGUUGGUCUGACGGCUCUGUCCCCGAGAUGUGCCCCAUCAGAGGAGCAGAGGAGUACCAGAAGCUGUGUCUACAGUUGCCAGUAGGAAGUGGGGUUGUUCCUCUCUUCCCUGGUGGGGUCGGAGGAGGAGGAGGACCCGGAGGAGGUGGAGGAAAUGGCCAUGGUGGUCCCCCUCACAUCCUCCCAGGACCGUUCCCUGGUCAGCCCUAUCCAGGCCAACCAAUCCAGCCCUCACAGCCAGGACAACCCCUCCCUCUACCUGGACCAGGUGGACCAGAUAUCAUUCAGACCCAGAACAUCAGCAUCCUGAAUAUCGAUGAGUGCCGGAUUUCGCCGGACCUGUGUGGGCAGGGCACAUGCGUCAACACGGCCGGAGACUUCGAGUGCGAGUGUUUCCAGGGAUACGAGAGUGGCUUCAUGAUGAUGAAGAACUGCAUGGACAUUGACGAGUGUGAGAGGAACCCCCUGCUGUGCCGCGGCGGGGAGUGCGUCAACAACGAGGGCAGCUUCCAGUGUGUGUGUCCCGACGGUCACGAGAUCGCCCUGGAUGGAUCGGCCUGUCUAGAUAUUAACGAGUGCGAACUGAGUGAUAAGCUGUGUCGGAAUGGCCAGUGCAUCAACAUGGUUGGCCGCUACCAGUGCACUUGUGACACAGGCUACAAAUCAACUGAGGACAGACUGCAGUGCGUGGACAUCGAUGAGUGCACCAUCCAGAAUGGUGGCUGCGAGACAUUCUGCACAAACUCCGAGGGCAGCUACGAGUGCAGCUGUCGCAGCGGUUACGCCCUGAUGCCAGACCUCAGGAGCUGCACUGACAUCGAUGAGUGUGAAGACAGCCCAGACAUCUGUGACGGAGGCCAGUGCACCAACAUCCCUGGAGAGUACCAGUGUCUCUGCUUCGACGGCUUCAUGUCCUCUGAGGAUAUGAAGACAUGUCUCGAUGUGGAUGAGUGUGAGCUGAACCCUAACAUCUGUCUGAGUGGAAACUGUGAGAACACCAAGGGCUCCUUCAUCUGCCACUGUGACCGAGGCUACUCAGUACGCAAGGGGUCCACCGGCUGCACAGAUAUCAACGAGUGUGAGAUCGGAGCCCAUAACUGCGACCGCCACGCCGCCUGCACCAACACAGCCGGCAGCUUCAAAUGCAGCUGUGCUCCAGGAUGGAUAGGCAACGGCCUCAAAUGCACAGAUCUGGAUGAGUGCUCCAACGGAACUCACAUGUGUAGCAACAACGCAGAGUGCAUGAACACCAUGGGCUCCUACCGCUGUGUCUGCAAGGAUGGCUUCUCUGGAGACGGCUUCUACUGCACAGAUAGUGACGAGUGCACAGAGAAUGGGAACCUGUGUGAGAGCGGACACUGUCUCAACAUGCCUGGGGGCUACCGCUGUGAGUGUGACAUGGGCUUUAUCCCCACGCCGGACGGCAAGGCCUGCGAGGAUAUUGACGAGUGUACCUUUGCUGACAUCUGCGUCAAUGGAAGGUGCCAGAACAUUCCAGGGCUGUUCAGAUGUGAAUGUAACAUCGGCUAUGAGUUGGACAGGAGUGGAGGCAACUGUACAGACGUAAACGAGUGUGCGGACCCGACCUUCUGCAUGAACGGCAUCUGUGUCAACAUCCCUGGAAGCUACCAUUGUAACUGUCCUCCAGACUUCCAGCUCAACCCUACACGUGUCGGCUGUGUAGACAUUCGAUCUGGAAACUGCUACCUGGAAUUCCGUUCCAGAGGGGACGCUUCAGAGAGUUUGGAAUGUUCUAAUGAGAUCGGUGUGGGGGUGUCCAAAGCAUCAUGCUGCUGUUCUGAAGGCCGGGCCUGGGGAACGCCGUGUGAAUCCUGCCCCUCUGUCAACACCACGGAGUAUAGAACUCUGUGUCCCGGAGGCGAAGGCUUCAGACCCAAUCCCAUCACCGUCAUCCUGGAAGACAUCAACGAGUGUCUGGAGCUGCCAGGCUUGUGCCAGGGAGGAAACUGCAUUAACACCUUUGGCAGCUUCCAGUGUGAGUGUCCCAGAGGCUUUGAGCUCAACACGGACACCAGAGUCUGUGAAGAUGUGAAUGAGUGUGAGCGUCCUGGGAUCUGUGGUCCAGGCCAGUGCUACAACACAGUGGGAAACUACACCUGCAUCUGUCCUGUGGACUACAUGCAGGUCAACGGAGGAAAUAACUGCAUGGAUAUGAGGAAGAGCUACUGUUACAGGAACUUCUACUCAGACAACAACACGUGCGAUGGAGAGCUGACCUUCAACAUGACCCAGAAGAUGUGCUGCUGUUCCUACAACAUUGGCCGGGCAUGGAACAAACCCUGCAAACAGUGUCCUGUCCCCAGUACCACUGAGUUUGCCACUCUGUGUGGUAGUGAGAGACCAGGAUAUUACAUUGAUAUCUACACGGGACAGGUCAUGGAUAUCGAUGAGUGCAGGCAAAUCCCAGGUGUGUGCGAAAACGGGGUGUGCAUCAACAUGAUUGGUAGCUUCAGGUGUGAGUGUCCAAUGGGCUUCGUUUACAACGACAAGCUGCUCAUCUGUGAAGAUAUCGAUGAGUGUCAGAAUGGACCGCUGUGCCAGAAGAACGCCGCCUGUUUGAACAUGCCAGGGAGCUACCGCUGCGAGUGCAAGCCUGGCUAUCGCUUCACCCCCACGGGCCAGUGUCUGGACCGUAACGAGUGUCUGGAGAACCCUGGUGUGUGCAGUCCUGGCCAGUGCAUCGACACGCUGGGAAGCUACCGCUGCGUCUGUCCCAACGGCUUCAAGGCCACCCCCGACCUCUCCAUGUGCAUCGAUGUGGACGAGUGCGAGAGACAACCUUGCGGGAACGGGACGUGUAAGAACACUGUGGGAUCCUACAACUGCCUGUGCUAUCCUGGCUUUCAGCUCUCACACAACAACGACUGCAUCGAUACGGACGAGUGCUCCACUCAGAGAGGCCUGUGUAGGAAUGGAGACUGUAUCAACAGCAUCGGCUCCUUCAUCUGCCACUGCCGCGAUGGAUACGAACUCACUGCUGAUGGAAGGAUAUGUAUUGAUGUCAAUGAGUGUGCAGUGAAUCCUGGGACUUGUGGUCCAGGGACCUGUCAGAAUCUGGAUGGUUCCUACAGGUGCAUCUGCCCGCCUGGCUACUACAUCCAAGACGAGACCUGUGAAGAUAUUGACGAGUGUUCCCAGACUCCUGAUAUCUGCCUGUUCGGGACCUGCUCCAACAGCGAGGGAAGCUUCACCUGCGUCUGUCCGGAAGGUUUCCAGCUCUCUGGCACAGGUCGCAGAUGUCUGGAUAUCCGCGUCAACUAUUGCUACACCAAGUUUGAGAGCGGGCGCUGCCUGUCCCCCAAGCCCCUGAACACCACCAAGGGGGACUGCUGCUGCAGUGCCAUGCCGGGCCAGGGCUGGGGCGACCCCUGUGAGAUCUGCCCCGGCAAGAACGAGGAGGUUUUCUCUCAGCUCUGCCAUGCUGUUGGCCAGAGAAUCGGCCCCGACGACAACCCCAUAGACAUCGACGAGUGCACCACCAACCCCAACAUCUGCUCCAACGGCGUGUGCAUCAACACAGACAGCUCGUUCCGCUGCGAGUGUCCGUUUGGUUACACGCUGGACACCACCGGAGUCCACUGCAAAGACACUGACGAGUGUGACCUGGGCAACCCCUGUGGCAACGGCACAUGCACCAACGUGAUUGGAGCGUUCGAGUGCGCAUGUGACGAUGGCUUCGAGCCAGGACCCAUGAUGACAUGUGAAGACAUUAACGAAUGUUCCCAGAAUGCUUUGCUGUGUGCCUUCCGCUGCGUCAACGUGGUGGGAUCCUAUGAGUGUAAAUGCCCCACGGGCUACGUACUGAGAGAGGACAAGAGAAUGUGCAAAGACCAGAACGAGUGUGAAGAUGGCAUCGAUGACUGUGAGAGCAGAGGCAUGAGCUGUAAGAAUCUCAUCGGUACCUACAUGUGCAUCUGCCCCCCUGGGUAUACACGCAGGCCCAAUGGAGAGGCGUGCGUUGAUCUGAACGAGUGUUCAGCUAAGCCAGGUGUCUGUCAGAAUGGUCGCUGUGAAAACACUGUGGGCAGUUAUCGCUGCAGGUGUGACCAAGGAUUCAGCCCCAGCACCACACAGACAGAUUGUAUAGAUAUCCGCGAGGGCUUCUGCUUCACCGAGGUGCUGACCACGCUGUGUCAGAUGUCGUCCAGCAACAGGAACGCGGUCACCAAGUCCGAGUGUUGCUGUGAUGGAGGGAGGGGCUGGGGUUCCAACUGUGAGCUUUGUCCUCUGCAAGGGACCACCCACUACAAGAAGAUGUGCCCCCAGGGUCCUGGGUACACCACAGAUGGCAGAGACAUCGAUGAGUGCCGCGUCAUGGGGAAUCUGUGUAGAAAUGGCCAGUGUAUCAAUACCUUGGGCUCCUACAACUGCAACUGCAAACCUGGAUACACCACGGACAUGACUGGCACUCAGUGUGUGGAUGUGGACGAAUGCAUCCAGGCUCCAAAGCCGUGUAACUUCAUCUGUAAGAACACGGAGGGGGCAUACCUCUGCUCCUGCCCGAGGGGAUACAUCCUCCAGGAGGACGGCAAGAGCUGCAGAGACCUGGACGAGUGUUCUACCAAGCAGCACAACUGUCAGUUCCUGUGUGUCAAUACCAUCGGAGGCUUCACCUGCAAAUGUCCCCCUGGUUUCACCCAACAUCACACCGCCUGCAUCGAUAAUAAUGAGUGUAGUUCUGACCCCAGCCUAUGUGGGUCUAAUGGUGUAUGCCAGAACAGUCCUGGGAGCUUCAACUGCGAAUGCACGCGUGGAUUUUCAAUGGACCCCAAUGGCCAGAGCUGCGAAGACAUGGACGAGUGUGAUGGGAACCAUCGGUGCCAGCAUGGUUGUCAGAACCUCGUAGGAGGUUACAGGUGCAGCUGUCCUCAAGGCUACCUCCAACACUACCAGUGGAACCAGUGUGUGGACGAGAAUGAGUGUCAGAACAGCCAGAUAUGCGGAGGAGCGUCGUGCCACAACACCCUGGGGAGUUUCCGCUGUCUUUGUCCCACCGGGUUCAACUACGAGCAGCAAAAUGGCGGAUGCUCGGAUGUGAACGAGUGCUCCUCCACGCAGAACCCCUGUAGCUACGGCUGCUCCAACACGGACGGAGGCUACCUGUGUGGCUGUCCAACUGGAUACUACCGCGCAGGACAGGGGCACUGUGUCUCAGGUGUAGGCUUCAGUAAUGGUGGCCUCGGUCCGGAGCAAGGAGGAGAGACCGAUGAGAACUCUCUUUCCCCCGAGGCCUGCUAUGAGUGUAAGAUAAACGGAUACCCCAAGAAGGGACGCAAACGCCGUAGCAGCAACUCUACCCUGGAGGAACCUGUGGCAGAGGCACAGGAAGAGCAGGAGACCGUUAGCCUGGCCAGCGUGAGCAUCGAAGACGUCCUCAUGUUCCACCUCAACAUCAGCGACCUGACCACCCGGGACCACAUCCUCGAGUUCACCCCCGCCCUCUCCACCCUGACCAACCACGUGCGCUACACCAUCGACUACGGCAACGAGGAAGGCCACUUCAAGAUCAACCAGAGGGAGGGCGUGAGCUACCUACACCUGUCCAAGAAGAAGGCCUUGGUCGCCGGGGCGUAUGAGCUCCAGAUCAGCAGCGUGGCUCUGUACAGGAAGAAGGAGCUGGACAAGCUGGAGGACACGCACGAUAAAGACUACCUCACGGGACAGCUGGGAGACACACUGAGGAUGAGGGUCCAGCUCAUCCUCCAUUAACCAGAACAAGACUGAGACGGCUGAACAGCCCCCCUAACCAGCGACCCAGGCUCAGUUCACCCGGCCCCCCUUUGUCCAGACCUCCAUCACCAAGGAGAAGGGGGAGGGUGUGGUCUAGCGCUGUGUCAGUGGUUAGGGGCUACUGCUCUGAGAAAGAGAGAGGGGGGGGGGGGGGGUAGAGAGAGAGGCAUACCACCAAAGAGACAAUGGAGGGAGGGGGACCACAUAGUUUGAUUCCCAAAGAUGAUUCCACAUAUCAUAGAUACAACGUGUUGUGUGUUCAAAUUCCAGCUACAUCUGAAAGAGUGCAGGUAACAGAUGAAUUCUUGAUCCUCAGACGAAGACAAUCGCUUUGUGCAGAAAGCUCUGGACGGCAUGAACGUGGCUUGUCUGGAUAAGGGAUUGUUGUGAAGGUUUUGUAUAAUGAUAUGUUGAAUUGUGCACCGUUUUGAGGGAUGCAUGGACCACUCGGCAGAGGUGGAAGACAAGGUGGGCUCUCAAUACUCUAAAGUGGUUUCCUUUCCUGGCUUUCUCCCAUCUGAAUCGAUGUACUAAGGUUUCCCUCAUACAGCCUUGAUUCAUCCUGUGUUCUCAGUUGAAAUGAAGAAAGCAGAGGAUGAGAAGGAAACCACUUUAGAUCAUUGAGAUGCAGCCCGAGUCCAAGCUUGAAAGAUUACUUUUGCUCAUCUUAACUAUGCUUUUCCAUUUUUCCUACUGACUAGACAUUAUUAAUAUACAGGUGCUAGUAAAAAAAACUAACACAUAGACUUCUGAAUGCACUGUACUCUUUGACAAAACACAGUAGCUAAAAAUGUCAUUCCGUCUGCCCUUUCAAGUGUCUUUGCAACCAAACCAAAGCUAGCUCCAUAGCCUAUCUGCUCUCUCCUAUACAGUACAUGUAAAUUAAGUGUGUUUAUACUGUAAUAAUCAAUGCCACUUUUAAUCUAUGAAGCAUUUGUAAACUAGAGAGACCCUGAUAUGGAUGGGUUUGUAAUGGUGCUUAUAAUGACCAACUACUUUUGUAAACUGUGUAUACAUACAUACACACACACACAAACACAUCAUUGUGAUGAUGCCAAACCUGUGCCUUCAUGAUUAUGCACUGAGGUCUUUACGACCACAAACUCUCUUGCAAGUACAAUCAGUGCCGUGUCGCCAUAGCGAUGGAUGACAAUCAGACCAGCCUUAGACACCUGUCUGCUCUCUGUUCACAUCAGUGAGGGUUUAGUUGUAAAUUCACAAUAAAAUAAAACUUUUUUUUUGGUGUAA